CCCGGACGGACAUCGUGCAUCUCAACAGCGCACGAUCAUCUGUCAAAAUUUUUGAAACGAACAGAUCUGGUACCUCUCAAAACUAAGGAGCAGAGGAACAACUCCUACGAUGCCGCCGACCGACUUGCAUCAUCCAAUGGCGGCGACGACAAUGAGUUCAGAAGAUGCUGUCCCUUAUAUUUGGUCGGAAUGUCAGCCUCCGCCCACGAGAGUUCUAAAAUUAUGGACCGAGGUCGGCAAUAAGCUGGACAGGGAAGCAACCGGUGAGUCGAAGCCAAAGUCAUCAAAAGGGGGAAACGAGAAAUGAUUCUCGUUUGAGUCGCGCAUGUUUAAUUUUACCAAAUGAAUUUUACUACGGUUUUUUGGACAGUGCAGUGGACGUGCAAAAACAGAAUUUCUCUUCUCCCCCUCUGUUGAGUCUUGAUAAUUUUUUGCAGCUGGGGAAUCUCUCUUGUAUUGCGGCGUUGGGACGGCUGCGAAAGAUUUUCACAAUCUUGUUGCGCUCUUGCAUUUGCAUUACCGCAUAACGAGUCCCCUCCCCAACACCGAAGUGAAAAGAGUGCUACGAAAUCGAUAUCGUAGACGGCGUACACACUUGUCUGCCGUGUCUUGCGGCCGCAGCUAUGGCCUAUCGCUGUCCAUCGUCUCUCGCCCUGGGAAUUCUGAUUCUACUGCGACCCAUUUGCAUUUCGCUGUGCUACUGCUGACAAAUUCCAAUCCUUUCUCGUUGUUGACUGCAUUGCCUACGACAAAAAAUAUCUUUGUCAACAAUUAUGUACUCGAACCUUGAACAACAACAACAAAAUGAAAAUUAUUAUAAAUGAUUGAAAUCAAUAGUGGUUUGGAGCCAAGCUGUGGAGACCCUACAGGAGGCUAACAACUAUCUUCGGAUUUCCCGGGAGGCUCGCGAUUUCGUGGAGCAAUACAUGGGCCAGAUUGUCAGCAUAUUAUUGGAACAGCAGCCGCUGAAGGUUGGUCAGAUGGAACGAAGAUGCGUACAGGAAUCCUUGACAUUGGCCGUCACAAUCAUCUCAAAUGACCUGGAAAUUCAGAUAGAACGUGGACGGCGAGCACCCCUUGGACCAAAUGAUGUUUCUUGCAGAACACUUGAUGUGUUGGCCUGUGUCUUCUGUAGAAAGAAACAAUACUACAAGGGAUCGAAGGGAAAUUGGAACGUCAACCACCUGAGUGGCUUGCCGUUGAUUCGGUUGAAUUUAGCGGAAACAUUUAUGCAGGAAGAUGGCUUUGCAAGAUUGGUUGAGUAUAUGGCAGAUCGAACUAUCACCGACGAGAGUUCGUCUAGUACAGGAGUAGGUGAUCCUAGUGGCAGCGACACGGCAGCUUUACCAAUAUCACCCGCGUCACCUUCUCGACAGCAACAGUCACCGCCUCAGAUAGAGUUUUCGGCGACAGGCCUUUCAUCUUUUCCCACCAUAGACUUAUUGCACCAGACUCUAACGGUGUUGUUCGACGUUUGUAAUGCGAACAACAAAAAAGAUGAAAAUCAUUUGCGGGCAUUGGAACAAGCAGCUAAUGACGUCUCGAAAGCGACCAUGCGAUACAUUACCUCCUGCAGCGAAGAAGCUCUCAAAAAAGUUCCCAUGGAAGAUUUGAAACUGUUGGUACACGAUUUGCUUUGUAUUUUUGACAAACUCAUCGAAUUUCGAAGACCAGAUACCUAUGAAUUUUAUUCCUUUUGGAGAGGACUCGUUCUUAAACUGAUUACGUCCCAAUCUCUGCCGCUCAAACUUUUUGGUUGGCAGCAAAUGGAAACUUUGCUUGAAGCGAGUGCCGCGCACCGGCCACCUCCCAGAUCGUUCGUUGCAGAAGAUGCUGGUUGUCGUUUCGUGAACGGCGAAUAUCGUUUCAAAGGAAUCGAAACCGACGACGGAUACGGACUACGGUCGGGGAAAGACAACGAAAUUUCAUACAUGAGAGAAAUCCCAGAAGAUGAACCGGAAGGUGGGGGAAAGACAUUGACACUCUUCCGCUGCACGAUGCGGUCUCAACAAAAGUGGUGGUUUUUGUCCGAAGCAGACAAAGAGCAGCCAGGAACGGACCGUGAUAUUGAUUACUACCAGCACAAAUCGAAGGAACACGAAGAAACGGAACCACCGCUUACUGGGUGGCUGACGUGUAGAAACGCUGGAGUUGAUCCAUCACCUAAACUCAAACGAAUCGGACUGAUGGUGCCUCCUGGCGAAGAACGCAAUACGCUCGAACACCAGCUUGCGAAAUGGGCAAUCGACAACAAGAUUAUUGAUACGCUUGUCUUGGGAGAUUCGGUUCAUCGAGAAAUCGUUUCACGAAGUGUGCCCUUGAUCAAAUUUUUGGCUUCUAUGUGCGAGCGAGACUUCGGAACACGAACCAACAUAGAUGGCGAUCGCACUGCUGUUCCUGAGGAGUCAGUAGAUGGGAAAGUAGAUCAAGACACGAAAUAUUGCCUUCAGUCCUCUCAUUUGCAGCUAGCAUGGAAGACAUGUAUCCGCAAGACGGACGCCGCCGUUUCGGCUCAGAUUUAUCAACUCCUCGUUUCAAUUCUUCCAUCGUGUCCAGUGAACUUGGCAGUUUUACUGCUGAAAAAUGUCCGAGCAUCUCUCGACCAAGGCAGCCAACCAAACAAUAGCAGCAGUGGAGGUAUAUCCAACGGCAUGAACUUCAAUAAUGAUUUCUUGACCGAGGUAUCCGAUUUUUGUGAAGCUUUGGCAGUUUCAAACGACAACCCCACCUAUAAUAACAAUAACAGCAACAGCAAGGUUGCACCUGUUAGCCAGCUCUCUAAUGACGUCCGAGCGGAAGUUCUCGACCUACUUUGGUCGUUGCUAAUCCACCCCGAGGCAUCCUCUCUGAAAAGCUAUGAUCUUUUGAAGCAAUACGUGACUCGAGAACUGCGUGUAGAGCCUGGUGGUACCGAACACCGCAAAACUUACCUACGCCUUUGCAUCGUGGCGCUUCAAGAAAAUUCAAAACAACUGACUGCGGGAACGGUCGACGAAAUUCGGGCGUUGAAAAUGGUCAAGUUCACUCAUUUUGUUCUCGAGGCUUGCCCACGAGCCCAAGCCGCGCAUUUGGUCACAGCCAACCAAGGAAGAUUACCACUUUUGCUCUUUGAAGAAUUGACAGCAUUUUUAAAACGAAAACGACAAGGUAGUAGUGGUGGCAUUGGAAUCCACGUGCCGAAUCCACCUCGAAAGGUAAGGGUAGUAUUUUCAACGAGUAAAURUUUUUUAUGUUGUUCGUCCACCACUGAACGAAACGAUUUAACACAUUCUUUUGCUUGUCUGACAGUCGCCAUCGCUUGAUCAAGAUGGAAUUCAGGGAGCGAUUUCGCUCUCUGAGCGUUUACGAAUUCUUCGGUAUGUAUACGGCGUCAGUGAACAGAUGUUCAUGAGUACUCCUCAGCUCCACAGUCUGUGGCAGCUUUGUAGUGCCCCCCCUGAUCGGGAGGAAGUUAUGGCAUUCAUUUCAAGCGCUUCAGGAACAACUCCUGAUCGCAACAUCAAUAGUGCAAACAAUGCUGCAGUCAUAAACCAACCUGCGAUGUCAAACCAGGGAAACAAAAACAUGGCAGGGCAGACGGAAGAUAUUCUCUCAUCAGCUUUCACGGAAGACGAGUGCGCCAAAGCAUUCGUCACGCUACUUUGCUCCCCGAACAUCGGAUUCCAGCUACUUGGUGUAAAAGCUUAUCAGAGUUUUCAUUUCAUGUUCAAUAAAAUGCGACUUUUGCCAUCUCAUGGACCAGAGGUUCGCCAAGCUGCGCUGGACACUCUUUGGCGUAUCUGUUUAGAGUCGGGUAAUGAUGUUGUUGCUACUUCUGCAAUGAAUGACCUAUUGAAUAUUUACAUAGGAUAUAACGCUGAUACAGACGACAUUCGUCCGAAUAGCGUUGAACCCAACACCAAUUCAUCCGAUCCAAUGCAAACAGAGUCGUCAGAAGACGGCUUCGGAAAAAGAGUUUUCGAUUGUCUAUCCAAAGUCAAGAAGGAUCUAGAUAUGAAGGUACCCUCCGCAGAGCUCGCAGCAGAGAGAUGCCUGAGGAUAUUGAAUGCUGCUAUCGGUCAAGAUGGGUCUUCGGGUUCGAUAUCGAUUUCUACACUCAAUCGAAUGUCUAGAUCAUCUCCAGUUGAUGAACUCAGUCCGAUCGCAAAAUGUUUGCCCCACGGUAUGCGUGGGCAAGCUUGCUACAGGAAAAUCACUAUCAUAGCCAAGCGCCAACAAACGCAGAAUCACCAAGAGCAACAGAAUCCGAAUCAGCAUGCAGGAAGUAUUUUCCGUUUUUCUAUUGAUCUGCAUCCGCUCGAAACUUUGCAGUCAAUCAAGGGAAAAGUUGCAUCGCACUGCCAACGCCCAGUUUCCUUUGUCAAACCAAUUUCCGCAAGUGGUCGUGUAUCAAGUUCUAGUACACGGAAACCAAAUGGUGGAGAUUUUUCUCACAUGAGCCCAAACCAUUUGCCAGACGAUGCAGUGGUAGAUGAAAUGGGCAUUGUCCAGGGUUCCGAAAUGGUGUUUGUCAUACAAGAUCGACACAUAGCGCAACAGAACGUGAACACCAGUAGCGCCAGCAACACAAGAAAAGGCAAAGCGCGCGAUUUGAGCGAUAUUUUUUGCGACGAUACCAACAAUUUCAGCAAUUUGCUAUUCGAUACCCUUCUAGGGGUGCUAGAGGCUCUUCCAUGGCGGGAACCCGGAGAAAUGAGUGAUGUAUCCACGACGUCAACUGACACGCAUAAAUUGGUCUGGGAUCUUCUCCUAGCGAUGCCUACAAAUCCGACCGUAUCUUCACAAGUGUUGCUGACAACUAAAAGUGGAAUUGUGAUUGAGAACGAUGUUGUGGACGAAGAUGCUAUGGAAAUCGAUUCGCGACAGCCAGAAGGAUGGGCGAAACUACUUGAUCUGAAAAAUUUCUUCAAGUCUGUGUAUGUUCUCCUCGCAAUUGAUGCAUUUCUUAAACCUGCUAGAGAAAUUUUAUCGUCCCUACCAGUGGAGCGGAGAAACAUGUUAGCACGAGAAAUGAUUGGGGAAUCUGCAGUCUUUCGUCGAGGAUUCAUUGAGUCUGGUGGUUUUGACGCAGUGGUCGGUUUUUUCUCUUCUUCGGAAGACAACUCAGAGAUGAGUCAGAGCAUGACGAGAAGGGGAAAUGCUGUAGCUCUUAGAAUUUUGAAGUGCUGCUUAUUUGGAGAUAGCGAUUCAAAUGGAGUGAAGGACUCAUCUUCAAGUGGUCUGGACGAGGCUGGAAAUAGACUCCUGUUAUCCCUCGCUAAUGCUGAAGGUUUACUGCGUAGUUUGACGUCGAUGGUUGUUGCCGACAGUGGUAUUUCAAGUUCUACUGUGUCAGAUGUUUUGAAAUUCUUGUGUCUACUUUUUAAAUCACCCGAAACUGUCAAGAGCUUUGUCGCCCUUCCCGAUAGAACAGCCGAAAAGUUUCUUACCAGGUUGAUAUUGUGGGAAGGUAGUUCUGAUGUAGCUCAACCUGGCUCUUCUGUGACUUCCAUUUCAAAAGUACGGGUAGAAAUGCACAAUCUUGUAUUGGCGACGCCGCUGCUUGCCAAUUUUGCUCUACCGUGGUUGAAGAAUGCCAUUGAUUCAAUAGAUGUCACCUCUGAAU